UGUAACGUGCAGCAGCGCCUCAUGUGUUUUUAGCCUCUACCGGUAGUAGAAAAACAUGAAUUUAGAACCCUCAGGAUCCAUAACAUCUGAAAGAUCUGGUGAGCUUUCAUCAGCAGCAGGAGCAUGCAGCAGAGGGAAAAGACGGAGCGUCGGCCCCACAGCGCACAGGGAGGCCAAGAGAUUAAGAAGUGUGCAGCAGGAAGGUCAGGAGACGCAGACGUCUGGACGCUCGCUGAGUAUUUCUGUGCCGCUCGACCGCCUUCAACAACCAAUUACACCGAGUGAGCUGACGGAGCUGCUGCACUAUGCCGCUCUGGGGAAAACAGGUGGCGUUAAACAGCCCAGCUGGUGUCAUCUCCACCAUCAGAAGAGGGUGAAAGCUGUGAACGUGGUGAUCGUGGAGGGGCUGACCCAGAGUCACUUUUACAAACACUACCUCACCCUGCGGCACCUCAGGACCAGCUACACCACUAGGGUCACCUUUACGCCGUCACCUACCAACCUGGCGUCAGGAAUCUUCAGCGGUGAAGUCCCGGAAUCGGACGCUCCAUCCCAAAAGCCCAGUGAAAGCAGUGAAUUGCACAAAGCACUGAGGAUUCACCCAGUAAUCACCAAGUUCGGGACACAGAGGAGAGGACUGACAGCGUAUGUUCUCCCCCAGGAGGAGAUGAUCAAGAAACACUACCCUGUCAAAGGAAUGCCGGGCUUUGAGGAGUUUGUGUGCACAGACGGUGUUGACUGCGUGACUGACGGCAGCCCUCUGUAUGGACUGGACUGCGAAAUGUGUCUAACAGAAAGAGGGAAUGAGUUGGCUCGCGUCUCUCUGGUGGACAGUGAUGGGAACUGUUUGCUGGACGAUCUGGUGAAACCUCAGAACCGAAUACUCGACUACCUCACCAGGUUCUCUGGUAUAACCGCAGCGAUGUUGCGACCAAUCACAACGACGCUGCGUGAUGUUCAAGUGAAGCUCAGGCAGUUGUUGCCGAGCGACGCGGUUCUGGUGGGACAUUCGGUAAACAACGACCUCGUGGCUCUGAAACUGAUCCACCAGCAUGUAAUCGACACCUCGCUGCUGUACAGGAGAGACUUUGGACAAAAGUUUAAACUGAAAGUCCUGGCAGAGGUUGUGCUGCAGAGGCAAAUUCAAACUGAAGGGAAGAAGGGUCAUAAUCCCAUUGAGGAUGCUGUAGCAGCCCUGGAGCUGGCUCAGUAUUUUAUCAAAACAGGACCUCGUCAGGUUGUAGAGCUUCACCUGGAGGAGCUGUGGGGAUACACAAUAAUGGAGGAGUCCGCUGACUGUGAACCUGCACCCAAACCAAGUCUCAGGUUUGCGGACACAUUACAGACUCUCGGCCGGUCAGUCGCCUACUUAGGAAAGCGUUCGGACCUCAUCCUGGAUCUGUCCAAUCAGCAGUGGCACAGCUCUGACAAAGAGGUGUUGGCCUCCUUCAGCAGACGGACCAAGUGUCCGUUCCUCUCGGUGCUCCAGUUGUCGGACCAUCUGAAGAGGUGCCACCCUCACCAGGAGCAGAAGCACCAGAGGGCGCGUGCGAACCUUCGGGAUAUGUGCGUCGUGUUCGCCGGGCCGUUCCCCGCUGAUUUCUCCGAGAGGGAAGUGAGGCGGCUGUUUCGCUGCUGUGGACCAGUUCGAAGUAUCAAAAUGUUGACCACAACUGUCAGGGUUCAUGCAGAGGUAGAGUUUGAGCUGCUGGAGGGACCUGUGCUGGCUCUAAAAGCGUUGAAUGGACUUAAUAUGCAGGGACAGUCCAUCAAGGUCCAGAGGCCUGUUUACGAGUCGAUGCUGGACCUGGAUCUGACUCUUGAUGCUUUGAUGUGUGACAGUCUCAACACCAGUCACCUCUACGCCGUUCAGUUGAACCCCAGCAUGGCUGAAGACCUACGCAUUUCUGCACGGGUCAAUGGACACGCGUCAGAUGCAGAAUGUCCGGGUGUCACUUCUGUUAGAGCGGCGAACAGGUUGUCCUCAGCGAAAGUAAACGGCACCAGAGAGUCUCAACUGUCCGAGGAGACGAUCAGAGAGACAUUCGGUCACUUUGGUUUGGUGGAGAGAGUCGUCCUGCCUGCCAAACGUGGAAACCGUGCAAGUCAUGCAUACAUAAAGUUUGAGAGCUCAGCGGAUAAACACGUGGCCCUCAGCUCCUCUGAGGAUCUCCGGAAGGAAAACUACCUCGUCUGUCCUUCCCUGACUCCGCCGCACUUACCCUCGUGGGUCAGCGUGGUGCAUACUGGCAGCGAAGCGGCGGAAGGCGAGGAGAGGACCCACGGGCACACCAGUUCUCAGGACCAGGAAAUGGAUCUCCUGAUGGGGAAGUUGGACCACCGCCUGAGGAAGCUCUUCAGCUCUCUCCCAGAAGGCACCUUGUCCGUGGUCGUGCUGCUCGGAGACACCAGUGCUCAUGGCUGUCCUGGUUUGUGCCUGAUGGAGGUCAAGCGAGGAGAAUGACCUGCACUCAACAUAUCCUGCAGUCCACUUCCAGACUUGUUUUAGUGAAAGAUGAGCGCUGUAUGUCUGUUUUUAUUAGGUAAAAUGUAUAUAAAGCAAAGUUUAAGUCAAAUACAGUACUUGUAAAAUAUUUUUGGUGGCCUAAAAAAAAUACUGAAAGCUAGAGAGUCAAAUCUGCCUUUGGUACCCAAUGAGUUUGACACUUAGUUUCCCAUUAAGAGACACACAAACAGUUUCCCAUUAAGUGCGAUCAUGAAAGUCGGACUUGGCUCAUAACACAUGCUGGGGUGGAGAUACGGUUUGUUCUCCUGGAAGAAGUUAAAGAUGGAAGAUUUAUGACUGUAUCAAACACUGUUGGAGGAAUGUUUAUAUUCAUUGAAGUAAAAGAAUAUUGAUUAAUGAGCAGCAUCUACCAUACAGAAUCUAUUCAUUUUGAUACUUCAACAAAAUUUGUUUGAUGUCAAACUCCUUUCAUUUGACUUUCAGUAACCAUGAUUCAUGUCGAGAGUUAGAAGUAUAGAAGCACAGGUGUUACUAAUAAGACUAACGACGCCAUCAUUCAAGUGAGGCCACAAGCACAACACCAGGACCCUGAAAUUGAAGCAGCUAAAUGGAAUUCAGCCAUCACCAGUGUAGCUCUUUACCUGUGCUGUCAAAACUACUUGAGUGGAAGACUGUACAAAGACUAAAGUUAAGACGUAAUACACUUAAAUGACUAAGAACAUGUAAGGUUUAUUAACCGUUUAUGUAGUUAUUAUAUUAGAGCUUAAAUAUUUCACCCGAGUAAAACUAAAGCAUUGAAAAUGUGCCGAUUUAAGUCUUCAGCUCAUUUUGUCAAACAGUGGACGACAUGUUAUGAGCUCCAUUAGAUUAUGGUUUUACCUGUUAAGUGCAUGUCAAUGCAAAAGCAGUAAAAGUUGAUCUUGCGAGUAUAAACAAUAUAAAGCGUGGCGAACGCCUCUAUUCAAAUGCAUCGAGAGUGAAGACAGAAAACAGAGAUACUAAGAAACAGUCUUUAAUUUUUGUUCCCUUUUCAAGGAAAUAUUUUAAGUACUUUUUAAACUUUACACCUUUUGCAUUAGAACAAACGUUGACAUUGUUGCAGGUUGACACGGUUACAAAACAGUUAACACAAAAAAGGUAAAGAAACUCAACUGUACAGAAAGAACUUCUCAUGAAGGAUCAAAACGCCACCAAUUAUAAACAUCACAUCGUCAUUGAUAAGCUUAUAUAUGUUGGAUAAAACUGGUCUAAGUUGACAGAACUUAUUUUAAAAUGGGAAAAAAAUAAUGUUAGACUCCAUUAAAAUCCUAAAUAACCCAGACAUUGAACUACAGGACGUGUCGGGCAGCAUUUUAUCUCACGGUUUAUGAAACGGAGUCACGGGGAUACAAAGAGAGAACAUACAUCUCCCCCACAUGCACAAACUCUCACAAAAUAUAAGACUGAUUGGAGGAGACCGUGCCAUUAAAAAUAAUAAAUGAUUUCAAAGUGUGGUGGCAGAAUCCAGUCUGAACACAGAGAAUAAAUGAACAUUUCUGGAGAUUCGAUUUUAAGAUUCCAGUGAAGAGUGUGUAUGUGCGCGCAUUUACCCAGAAGAGUUUCCUGCUCCUCUGAUACAAGAUCAAAAUAUGGCAGCUGUUAUGGCUUGUGUUCUCUGUCAAGAGUCCAGUCUUGGCUGGUAGCUUUGGACACGGUAUCCACAGCUGCAGGGUGAACUAAUUCAUUUAGGGCGUGUCACUCCCAGUGAUUUACAACCUUGCAGGAGAGAGAGAGAGAGAGAGAGAGAGAGCGCCCCAAGUGCAGAG